AUGUCGUCAAAAAAUAGCAUCGAAAAGGUUUUGGAGAUCGAUGCACACGUCAGCAAACAUUAUGACAUUAUUCGACGUCUCGGCAAGGGGGCUUACGGGAUCGUGUGGAAGGCGAUAGACAAGAAAAACAAGGAAACGGUAGCGGUGAAGAAGAUCUUCGAUGCCUUCAAAAACCAGACGGAUGCACAGCGCACUUUCCGUGAGAUAAUGUUCCUACUGUCGUUCGCCAACCACGACAACAUCAUACGACUGAUCGGUCUUCACAAGGCGAACAACGACCGGGACAUUUACCUCGUGUUCGAGUACAUGGAAACCGAUCUCCACAAGGUGAUUAAGAAGGGCAAGAUCCUGAAGGACCUCCACAAGGUGUUCAUCAUGUAUCAACUGUUUAAGGCGAUCAAAUACAUUCAUUCGGGGAACGUGAUACACAGAGACCUAAAGCCGUCGAACGUUCUACUAAAUGUUCACUGUCACUGCAAAAUCGCUGAUUUUGGCUUGGCACGAUCGGUCACUCAAAUAGGCGAAGGAGACGGUGAGACCUCCAGCGAUCCUACACUCACAGAUUACGUGGCAACUCGCUGGUAUCGUGCACCGGAGAUACUCGUUGCUUCCAAAAGGUACACAAAGGGUAUCGACAUGUGGUCUCUAGGAUGCAUUCUCGGUGAAAUGCUGCUUAGGAAGCCGCUAUUUCCUGGUUCUUCGACGAUUAAUCAAGUGGAGAGAAUAAUGGUCACUCUUCCUCCACCUACUCGAGAAGAUCUGAUUUCGGUUAGCGCCGGCUACGGCACUAAUUUAUUAGAGAAGACACCGACCGGGCCAAGGCGUUCAUUGAAAGAUUUAUUACCAGACGUGUCGGAGAAAGCGUUGGACCUUAUCAGCAACUUGAUAGUUUUUAAUCCAAAUCACAGAUUGACGGCUGUGGAAGCUUUAGAGCACCCUUAUGUGGCCGAUUUUCACAGAAGGAGCAACGAACCGGAAAGAGGUUCGAGCGUGGUACCAUUGCUCAGUGACGAUGUGCAGCUCUCCGUCGACGAAUACAGGAAUAAGCUUUAUUCGAUGAUGGGUGAAAAGCAUCGUAAACAUAAGAAUAUGUCUCAGUCCAGGAUCAGACAGCUAUCAGAGCACAUCAGGAAGGAAACAGUUAGUAGUAGCAGUAACCCAGUCAUUGGUCAAGGUGACGCGAUUGUUGGUAAAAAUCUUACACACUCGUAUCAAGAUUUACGGAAGGAAAGAGGUAGAAACGAUACGUACGAACCCUCCUGUUUCGAAGUACGUACGCAACUACCGAACAGAAAGACAAUGCGGCAAUCGCAAAUUGACAGUGGUGAAAGAAUUACAAAAACGAGAUCAAUAAGCAUGUCUAUCGAGCCACAGACGCAAAACACGAAAAAUCUUCGGCCGACUGCUAAAAAUGUGGCAACUCAGUACACGUACAAUUUCGUGAACGGCAGCCUGAAUAACUUGACCCCGAGCAUGACCAAAAGUUGCCUAUAUCUGAAUCAGCAGCCGCGACAAUCAUUAUCAAAAUCUCAGCGUUCUAUACAAUCGGACCAACCAAUGGUGUGUGCACUUGGUAGAAGACCAAAUCAAAUCACGCCUGGUACUCAGGACAAACUAAGAAGAAGUUGUAAACAGGUUCGUACAACGAAUCAACUGGCACCAGAUCUGAAUUGGCGAGAAGAUCGACAGAAAACUCCGCUCGGCGACGAUAAUCCUAAGGGCUUUCAGACGAAGUACUUCACGAAAGCGCCGGAAAAAGCGUGUGCUUAUUAUCUGAAAUCCAGCAACGGAAAUAACAAAAAUACCAGUGGCUCCGGAUCUUCGUACAAUUCGUGCGGCGUGAAGAAUCUAGCUGUCCGAAACUAUCUUAAUCAAAAGACGUCAUCGCGCGUGGAGGAACAGACCCCGUCUCUCCCUUGUCGGACAAGAAACAAUUCGGAUUAUCAGAUGAUCGGUCGAAGUAACGCUAGUAAUCUCGAGAAACAGCAUCGGUCUACUAAUUUUCUUUCGGUCGGAAAUAAUCGAACGAGAAACUCGGUUGCAAAUCGAUGCAACGUUGUAGGAACAUAUUCGAAACACGUCGGUGACAGAUGUAUGAGUAACGAAAUGAAACUGACGUCGAUACGUGACUCGUCUGUCUUAAACAGUUAUAAUCAAAGUCACGGUGUACUGACAGCGUCCGCGUAUAACGACCUACGAAAUGGAAUCAUAAGAUGGUAAAACAUUGCCGAGCUUCCGAAAAAAGAACGCCGAUAAGCCGCAGAUAUUUAUGAGACGUAAGAAGAGCAUACAUAUUUUCGUAUGAUUUAUUCACGUAGUUUACACUAUAGACCUCUUUAAAUCUUGGUAGAUUAGACUAGCACUAUCUUUCCCGCAUUAUAUCCAUAAACGGUCAUUAUUCUUUUGUCACGAGCGUGAAUCAAACUGAACAGCAAGCAGCAUGAAAUUGGAAUCGCAUAGGUCAGUUUGGACUACGAAGGUGGAGUUUUUCUCGGAAGCUACGAACCCUGUAUAAGCAAACUAACGUUCCUACGUAAGUAAAUUUUACAAGAAGCCAAUGAAAACAAAAGUACGACAACGUGUCGUACAAUCGAUCCCUUCGGGAACUAACUGCCGGAACCUUAAUAUAAACAUAGUCGUCAUAAAUGCAAGUAUAAAUAGCGAACGAAUAAUGAUCUCGUGAAGAAAAUGGUACUUUAAGCUCUUAGGUAAGAAGAAUCUUACGAUGUACGAUCACUUUAUAGCUCUAAGAUAAGAAACGAAACAACC